AUGGCCCAAGAAUCUUCAAACACAAUGACCCGACUCCAGACUCUGCAGUCCUCUGUGACUUGGUACCAUGUGGAGUUUAAAGCUGAAAUCCUACUGGAUACAUACUCAGGCCUGUUAAGUGAACAAUCUAUGAUCUUGGCCAUGAACUCCAGUUUUGUAGAUCCUCUGAUGCAGUUUGAAUCACAAUUGAGGAUAAUAGAGCUAUCUUUCAAAAAGGUAUUUUCCAUGCCAAGUCUUAGUACAGUGAAAGCAAUGGGGCGGACCUCUGAGGACACUGAGGACCUGGAGAAUUUGUACCAAAAUAUUUUCAACAUAUUUGAAGACACUCUUCUUAUUUUAGUGUCUAAAGACUUCUACAAGAUACAAAUCUUAAAGGAAAUGGCCACUUGGAUGAGUGAGGAUUGUCUGUACCAGCAAGAACGAGCAAUGAUGGUCAUCACCAGGGUGUUAAUCUUUGCAUCCAAGAGGGUCAAGAAAUAUCCGAGUAUCGACGCUCCGUGUUUAGGUCUCCUGGCUGCAGAGCUCUCUCUCUUCUGUUCCCAUAGUGAUCCUGAAAUCAUACAGCAAGCAAUGGCAAGCAUGAAUUACGUCCUCUACAUCGGCUUGUGUCAGAACUCCAACGUUGUAAAAUUCAAAUCUUCUAAGCCAAGUGAGGAAGAAAGCAACAUCAAGAUCAUAACAUCUGAUAUCGAAUCGCUAGCAAAGAUGACUCAAGGAGAGAAAGCCAAAAUUGCCCAGAGUGUGGGACAAAUAUUACUUCCCCAAUUGCUGACUGACUUUGUGUGGACUCUCCUGAAAAAAUUAUCCUCCUCUAACAAUAAAGUGGCAAUUGAGGCUGCAUCCUUACUGAAGCUGACUUUGGAGUUUCAUGCCCAGAAGAUCACCAGGGUGUCUAAGAUUGUGGAUGAUGUGUAUGAGCAGCUCUGUGGGAACUCUGCCCACAUGAUGAAGGGUGUCAUGCUGCGAGUUAUCAGCCUGCUGACACGUGCUUCCCCUAAGAAGGUCAUCUUUCAGCUCAUGGAGUUUCCAGUCCCUGCAGACAAAACUCUGCUACUGAUGUGGCAAGCAGCAAGUAUGGAGUCAAGUGUUGCGUCUGAAGUGCUGAAGACAAUCUUGUCAAUACUAAAAGGAAGGCCUGGGGAGAUGGAGGAAACCCUGGGAGAAAAGAGACGCUUCUCCCUCGAUGCUGCCAACAUGAUGCCUGUGGCGGCAUCUCAGGCCCUGUGCACAUUUCUACCUGUGACGUCUUAUAAGAAAGUGGUGGUCAAGUUAUUCCCUGAGUUCCUGAUGGCCCUCUUGCUUCAACUCUUCUAUUGCAGUCAGCAUGUAAAAGAUACGGCACAGGACAGACCUCUCUAUGUAAGAGAUGCCCUGAAGGCUCUGCUGAAUUGUUCUGGACUAGAAGAAGUGGAUAAAGCUCUGGAGAGAAAGAAUUUCUGGGACCAGUUUUCUCAAGUCAUGGAUCACCAGUAUGGGAUCCACCUCAUGGCAAAAACUCUCAGUGAAUAUAACUUUCCUCAGUUUCCAGAGACCCUACAUUAUGUCUACAAGGUCGCAGUAGAAGGUCCCAGAAGGUCAGAUGACAGUAUUGUCACCAUAAUAUUCUUUGCUGAACUUCUGAACAACUUCUUCAAGGAAUCAUUACCAGAAGAAUUUUUGGUCCUCUUCAGAAACUGGAUUAAUGAUUCCAAUCCUUCAGUUGGUAAAAUGAGUCUUCAGAAAAUUGCCAGCAUGGCACCAGUUUUCAGUGAAAUAGAGAGUGUCUGCAAACUCUUACUCCCAGUCCUAGAUGCAUUCCUUUCAAAAGAGCACACAGUCAUCAUCCGAGCCAUGCUUACCCUUCGAAAUAUUUUGGGCAAACUGGACAAGAAAAUCUACUCCACUGUGUGUAUCAGGAUUGCUUCCAGCUACUGUCCUCUGAUGGAUCAUGUUAAUGGCGGCAUUCAGUGCAUGGCCAUUCGGCACUUUGGUGAGCUACUCACGGAUAUGAGUCAGUACAGCUGGACCCUGCGCCAUAUAGUCCUGGGAAGCCUUGUGCCCCUGAUCCUGUUUUUGGAGUCUAAGGAAACAAGAAUUGUAAAUGCUUGUAGAUAUACACUAACUGUGUGUGUCACACAACUGAAGUGGUCAACAGCAUGUCUGCUCAAAGAUGAAACUUACAACUUUGAGUCAGUGGUUCUCGAUAUCUGCAACAACCUUCUUUCUUCUCAUGAAAGUUAUAUUACAGACUUAAUAUCUGAUACCUUAGGGUUCCUGGGGAGCUCUCGAGCCUUUCUGAAGAAAGGAGCCAUUAUAUUAGUAGGGUAUUUGGGGAAAUCAGGAGAACAUUUACUACUCAGAGAAGAAAUUGAUAUCAUGAUUGAGGUUAUUGAGCGGUUGACCCGGUCGGAAGACCCUCUGAUCAAGGAGUUGGCAGAAAAAACCCGUAAACUUUUUAAGGAAAUGGCCAAUCGAAUGGCCUCUUCAACCAUCAAACAAACCUUCCGAAAAUGGGUUAAGAUGUUCCGUACUAAAAAAGUGAAGCUCAUUUAUGAUGUGGCCAAUAUUAUAAACCUUGAAGAGAACAUUAUAGAAACCAUCAAAGAAGAUAGUCUGAGAGAUCCCAACUCAGAGAAAUCUGAAGAGCAAGAAAGUUCAGCGAGGCCCACUGUGCAGAGAUUUGAAUAUAUUUUAUAA